AUGAAAGAAUUAUUUAAUAGAUUUUAUUUUUAUGAAUUAAAUGCUGGUUCAUUAUUUUCAAAAUGGUUUUCUGAAUCGUCUCAUAAUUUAUCAAGAUUUUUUGAUGAUAUAACACGAAUAUGUUAUGAUCCAUUAACAUUUGUUAUUAUUCUUAUUGAUGAAAUUGAAUCAUUAUCAAUAUCUCGAAAAUCAUCAUUAUCAUCAAAUGAACCAUCAGAUAUGUUAAGGGUUGUUAACACACUUUUAACACAAAUUGAUCGUUUAAAAUCAUUUUCAAAUAUUCUUAUAUUAACAACAUCAAAUUUAAUUGAAAUAAUUGAUCAAGCUUUAAUUGAUCGAUCGGAUUUAAUUUUAUUUAUUGGACCACCUUCAAUUAAAACAACAUUUCAUAUUUAUCGAGCUUGUUUUCAUGAACUAAUUGAAAAAAAUCUUAUUUAUUCAAAAUUUCAAGCAGAAGAAUUAAAAGAUAAAUUAUGGAAUUUAGCUAAAUUAAGUCAUGGACUUAGUGGAAGAACUUUACGAAAAUUACCGAUGAUUGCUUUUUCACAUAUUCAACAAUGUGAUCAUUUUAUUCAUCCUGAACAACUAUUUAAAGCCAUGCAUCACCAAUUAAUAUAUCAGAAAAAUACAAAUAAUUAUUUACAACAAUUUGAUAAUCAAUAA